CUCUAGUUUUAGAGCAAUGACGUUCACUACAGCCAUGUGACUGUUAACAUGUCAAAAUUCUCCGUGUUGCUUCUUGCUUAAAACCAUGUUCUACCAAUUAAACAAUAAAUAAAGAAGACAGAAAUUCGUGAAAGAUAAUGGCGGACGUAGAGUCGAAUGAUAAUACCCCGGCCAAUAACGCAAUAAAAAUGAAAGUAGAGGAGCCAAAGGACGAGUGUCCGUCCAAACAAGAAAAAACACCAAAUAAAGUCGACAACCCCGAAGAUCUUAAAAUAUGUGCCCCAUCGAACCCGUUCAAGUCCACCAAUUCAAAUCCAUUCUCUCUGGAGCACAGCAAAUUCGGAAAAAACAUUCUGAAGCCAUCUCUUUUGAGUGUAAACUCGUCUGCACCGACUUCCAGCACCUUUGUCCUUAGACAAAGCAGUUUUAACCCGUUUAGUAAGCCUGCUAAUGAAACUGAUAAUAAAAGUGAUAAUAGUGAUAAGAAACUUGUGAAUGGUGAAGUCAGAUUUGUACCCCUUAUAAAAAGUGAUGCUAAACCUCCUCAAGCUGUAGAACCUAUAUCGACUAGCACUACAGCAACUACCAAAGCAACCCCCACAUUUGUAUUUGGACAAAACCUCCAAGAUAGAGUCAUUGCAGACGUAAUUACUGAGGCAUCACCUUCUACAAGCAGUGAAUCUACUACCAAUGGAGAUACCUCAAGUAGUAGUGAUAUGUUAUUCAGUUCAGCAGUUAAAAGUGACGCAAAGCUAGAAAAUGCAACAAAAGAUAAAGAUACAAAGUCCCUUACUGAGUCAGCAAGACAAUAUGAGGAGUCUAGGGCUAAUAAGAGAAAGUACGAGGAAGUACAAGUGAAGACUGGAGAAGAGGAGGAGACAAACAUAUUGAGUAUAUCAUGUAAAUUAUUUUAUUUCGAUAAGGCAUCCAGUAACUGGCAGGAGAGAGGUAGAGGGACUUUGAGAUUGAAUGAUUUUGAGACAGAUGACAACCACGUUGGCAGUAGGAUAGUUUUUAGGGCAGCCGGGAGUUUAAGAGUCAUAAUAAAUACUAAGAUUUGGGCCGAAAUGACCAUAGAUAAAGCCAGUGACAAAAGUAUUAGGUUAACAGCGUUAGAUUCAAAUGGAGAAGUAAAAGUUUUCCUUAUAAUGGCAAAUAUAGAUGAUUCCAGACAGCUUUAUACCCAUUUACAGUUGCGCCUAGAAAAUGAAAUAUCACUACAAAAAAGGAAAAAGCUCCAAACAGAUAAACCAGAAGAAGAAAAGUGAUCUUUUUCAUUUUAGCGCUAAGUUCUUUUGAUGACAGUGACGGACAAUGAUGAAGUGUAGGAAUGCCGCGACCGAAACUAAAUCUUUAAGAUUGUUUUUAUUAAUUUUUUUUUGUAAUAUGUACCAGCAGUUGAUGAGACUUAACAUUAAUGUUGGUUUAUUUUCUAUUAAGGUAGUACUGAUUAUAUUUUUUUGCUUUA